AUGGCGCUGAAAGCUUGCAUUGACGGGUGGAAGCAUCUACGGAAGGUUAUUGUGGUGGAUGGUACUCAUAUGUUUGGGAAGUACAAAGGGUGUUUACUAACUGCAAGUGGGCAAGAUGCCAAUUUUCAGGUAUUCCCUAUAGCGUUUGCUGUUGUAGACAAUGAAACAAACGAGUCUUGGAGUUGGUUUUUUGAGAAGCUGACAGAGAUCGUAGAAGAUGGCUCCGAUUUAUCUAUUGUGUCUGAUAGAGCAAAUCAAAUAUGUGUUGCUAAAGAUAAGUGGUAUCCUCUUUCACACCAUGGGUGCUGCCUCGUACACCUACAGAGAAACGUCGACGCAAAAUUCAAAAAAAGGAAUCAGAAGCAAAUGGUUGGCAGGGCAGCCGAGGUAUUCAAGGUAUCCCACUUUAAGAGACUUUACGCGGAGAUCAAACUUACAGAUAAGCGCUGUUGGGAUUAUCUUGAGAAGAUCGAUCCUAGACAUUGGACAAGGUCACACUUUGAGGGCGAGCGGUACAAUCUAAUGAGCUCGAAUAUAGCUGAGUCUCUCAACAAAGCACUAGUUCAUGCGCGCGAUUCCCCGAUAAUGGCGCUAUUUGAGUUCAUCAGACGUAUGAUUAGUCGUUGGUUUGUGAGUAUACAGCGAAAGAUAUCGAAAAUGAGUGGUGAGAUCCCCCUCUGUCUGCUUUUGAAUUUGAGGUCUUGCACAUGUCUUGAAUUCCAGAAAGUUGGAAUACCAUGUCGACAUGCCAUUGCUGCGGCUAUGUUUCGGGACUUGCAGCACUCAGAGUUCGUUGCAGACGCCUAUCUAAAAAAGACAUGGAAUGAAACAACAAAGGGUGUUACACUCCCGGUUCCAGAUCCGCAAGAUCUUUUCAUACCUUCGGAGGUUAGUGACCUUAUCAUGUUACCACCAAAGACGAAGAGACCCCCAGGACGUCCACCGACCAAGCGUAAACGUUCUGCAGGAGAAAUACCGGUACGACCUAAUCUCAUCUGA